CAUGCCCGAUAUAUAUUUGGGUUGUUCAUGUAAUACUCUCCACCUAGAUUUGGCAACGAAUAUUUCCUGGUUAUAUAAAACACAGCUAAAGUUAUGAAUAGGUUGUAGUAUCUGAUUUGAUUUUGAUUGAAAAUGAAUUGGUUCUCUUUGUUGUUAUUUUACGUGACUUGCUUAAUAUCGGUAACGUUUGUUAAAGCAGGAGGUGGUGGAGGUCACGAGCAUGUGAAGAUAAUUGUUCCUGAAUACCAUCAUACCCACCACCAUCACGAAACAGUGUACAAAACUAUCCAUCAUGGAGGCGGUGGCGGUGGAGGACAUAGUCAUGGAGGAAAACCUUUCAAUUGGCACGGAGACAAUUAGUAAUUUUUGAUUUUAUGAUUCUAAAAUUUCUUUAGAUAUAUUAUUUUUUUAUGAUAUUGUUACAAUAAAAUCGCUACAAAAAGUAUUAUACAUAUUAUACACU